GUUGUGUAGCUAACUUCACGUUGCUUUUGUAUUUCGAAGCCGCUUCUGUGAGAGGAGAAUUUUCCUCAGUUUUCCGCAUAAAUAGCUGGAUUUUUCCGUGAUUUUCUGUAUAUUUUUGAACAAUAAUCAUCGCUCAACAUGUUGAAAUCCACACGAAUGAAAACUCCAGCAAAGACGCCGAAAAGUAAAUCACGCCCCAAUUCGGAUGGGUCAAAUGGCGCCAGGGACCCCGUAAAUGUUUACUGUCGCAUCCGGCCGAUGCAGUGUGAAUCGGAUUUGAGCUGCCUCAAAGUCACCUCAUCCACAACAGUCCUCCUGACCCCACCGGAGAUUGCAAUAAACUACCGCGUGGGUACGUUGAAGGAGACCCAGCACACCUUCAAGCAUGUCUUCGAUGUGACUUCCCAGCAGCGGGAGGUGUUCAGUGUGGUGGCUCAGCCACUCGUUGAGAGUCUCAUUCGCGGGAAGAAUGGUCUCCUCUUCACGUACGGCGUCACGGGGAGCGGGAAGACGUACACAAUGACGGGAGAUACGCAAAAUCAGGGCAUCAUGCCACGCUGCCUGGAUGUCCUGUUCAGGACAAUCAGUGACUACCAGACCAAGAAGUUUGUCUUCAAACCCGACAGACUCAAUGGGUUUGAGAUUCUCUCUGAGGCCGACGCAAUGAUUGAGCGGCAGGCAGAAAUGAAUGCUAAAUUCAACAAAAUCAGGCGCAACAAUUCUGACCCGGAAAUUGCCUCAAGGGCAUCAACGGAAGUUUCUGGGCUUGUGGGUCUGGAUGAAGACAAUAUGUACGCAGUAUUUGUGACCUAUGUCGAAGUGUACAACAACAGUGUCUAUGAUCUCCUCGAGGAGGGAAGUAUUCAGAAGACACUGCAGAGUAAGAUAAUCCGAGAGGAUGCCACGCACAAUAUGUUCGUGCACGGGGUGACAGAGGUGGAGGUGAAAUCAAUGGAGGAUGCCAUCGAGAUGUUUCAGCUGGGACAGAAACGCAAACGAAUGGGUCACACGAUUCUCAAUGCGGAAUCCAGUCGUAGUCACUCUGUCUUUACUGUGCGCCUCGUGCAAGCACCAACAGAUCGCGAUGGGGAGUAUGUGAUGCAGGAUAGACGAACAAUCACUGUGAGUCAGCUGUCAUUGGUCGAUUUGGCCGGGAGUGAGAGGACAAGCCGUACAAAGAACACCGGGCAGCGUCUCCGUGAAGCGGGGAACAUCAACAACUCCCUCAUGACACUCCGUACAUGCUUGGAGAUUUUACGUGAAAACCAAUCGGGUGGGAUACCCAAGAAGGUCCCAUAUCGUGACUCAAAGCUUACGCAUCUCUUCAAGAACUACUUCGAUGGUGAGGGUCAGGUGAAGAUGAUUGUUUGCAUUAAUCCACGUGCAGAGGACUACGAUGAAACGGCCCAGGUAAUGCGCUUCGCGGAGAUGACACAAGAUGUCCAAAUUACACGUCCCGUGCCCAAACUCGAUCUAGCUGGACUAACACCGGGACGACGCAAGGCUAAUCAGCUCUUCAAGAUGGCUCAGCAUAACUUGGAGUUGAAUGGCGAUGUAAAUGCCCGGAAUAUGGAUGUUGAUUUGGGGCUUGUCUACAGUUUGGGACCCAAUUUGCCGCGUAUUCAACUCAAUUCACCCGAUGCUGAUGAACUCGUGCAGAAUCUCAAGAUAAUGCUGGAACAGCGAAUUGCCAAGAGGAAUCUUCUUCUUGCAGAUUUGACCGCACGACAGAAUAACUUCCGAAUGCAUCUUCUGCAAGCAGAGAAGCAGAGUCUCAUGCUUAAGACAGAAAAUGCAUCCGUUGGUGCUGUUUUGGGCCAAGAACGCAACAGAUCUAAUGCCCUUGAGAAUAAACUUGUCUCCUAUGAGGCAUCCAUUGAUGAUCUCAAUCGAAAGGUUCGAGAUCGUGAUGAGAGAAUUUAUGAACUUGAGAGGAAACUGAGUGGCUUGCAGAAUCAACUGUCGCAGAAGGAGCACGAAAAGGAAAAGCAACGCAAGAAGUUUACCUCAAAGUUUCAGGCUGAAAAGGAAGAGAUGUCAAAGGAGUUGGAGAUGAAACUUCGUGCACAGAAGGAUAAAAUGCAAAAUGAAAUGCGUCUAAAGGAUGAAAAGUUGCGUCUUGUGACGGAUAUUAUUAAUUCCGAUAAAUUCUCACAGCGUGUGCAUCAGCCACAGCAAGUUGUUGAGAGUAUCGCGAUACCGUCGUCAACACCGUCGACUGCAACAAUUGGUCACACCGCGCGUACUCCGAGAGGCACAGUGGUGGCCAAUGUGCGGCAUCGCCGUUCCAAAUCAGCUGGGGAUAAGUGGUUGGCACACACAUCGGCCACACCAGUGCCACUCGGAACAAUUCUGCAGCCUUACCUACCAAAUAGGAAGACUACGACAAAAUUGACCGAAAUGCGUGAUGUGACCAAGUCCAAUACAUCCAAAUACUGCCUCAUUUCGCAGGGGGCAGACACAGAUGGGGAACUUGAGACGCGUCUCUUCAAAGGUAAUAUCAUUCCCACGAUGUCCGGAGGGGCUCAGGUUGUGCUCAAUGAUGUCGAGUGCCUCAAACAAAUGGAUCCGGUUAGUCCGACAAAUAGGAAGCGUCUCAGUUCCGAAAUGCACGGUGAAUUAUCACCGCCGGAGAUUAAGGCGCGAUGCAGUACUGGCAUUGAGGGACACAAUAGUCACAAGAAGGCACGACUCUAAAUUUUUCUUUGUUGUGUCCCUGGAUUUUGUGGACAAGCAGAUGCGUCACUAACUUACCUUUCAAUACUUAAUAAUUAUAUUUUAUGAAAUAAUCCUGAAGUAUAUAAAUUUUUGUUCUUUUCUUUUAACUUACGAUGUGAAUAAAUCAAAUAAAUCAUUUAGAAAA